AUGGGCCAAGAGAGAGAGAGAGAGAGAGAAGAGCAAGGGCCGACUCCUUGGGAAUCCUGGCUCUGGACAGCAUCUCACUGGUUUCCCCCUUUCUUCUCCCUGCAGGUCAGCUGCCAGAUGAGACAUGGGUUCCAGCUGGCCUCCAUUCUUUCUGCAAGGGAAGCAAAUGUGGUUUACAGUUACCUGCGACUAUAUGGCCCUAGCAGCGUCUGGAUCGGCCUGGCAGCUGACCGUCGUACCUCAAAUAUGAUCUGGGAAUGGAGCGAUGGAUCUGUCUUCUCUCAACCCCUCUGGGAUGGCCGGAGAAUCAGCAACUCAAUCUCUUCAGACGAAUGUGUCUCCGUUUCUUAUUCAGGUUCCCAGAAAUGGAUCCAGCGUUCCUGUACGACUACCUUGCCAUACCUUUGCAAAUACAAGGCCACCGAUUAUGCCUGAAACCCUGGGCCUGAGAGGAACACCCAAAGACCUCCAGCUUCCCGACAGGUCCAAGGCCAGCCCCCUUUCCCACCUGCUCUGUCCACCUGCAGGAAAUCUAUUCCCUCCCCUCCUCUAUUGGCCUGGAGCAGAAAAAACAAGAGGGGCUUCCCCAAAUAAAUCCAGUUUGGACUCUUGAUUCCACUAAGACCUAGCCAAAUCCAGAGCUUGAGGGUGUGAGCAACAGUACAACCCCCCAAACUGGGAAAUUUGCCCCAUGAGAUAUGAAACCUGUCUCCCUUUUCUGCAAAGAGAUGAGAUGCUUUUGUGGACUGGUUAGCUGAGUAAACGAAGCUUUCCUUGUGCUUUGCAAAGUGAUGGGGCCAACUUUGGAACCCCCUUUCCCAGACCACAUCAUGGAAAUGCAAACCUUUGCAAGCUGUCUGCCCCCCCUCUCUCUGGCCAGCUCCCGUCUUCCUCCGUAGUGACAAUAAACCUCCUUCUGUGCAUGCAA